AAAUACUCAAUCCAUCUCUUAUUCUCUCAUUAUCUCAAUCUCUCAAUCUUAUUUUUUUAUCAAUUUUUAUACAAUUUAUAUUCAUAUAAUAAUAUAAAUAUAUAUUAUAUAAUAACCUAUAAAUAAUACAUUCAUUAUUCAUAUUAUCAAUUAUCAUAUAUUUUUAGUUUAUUACUAAUAUUAUAAUUUCAAAAGUUUCGAAAUUUAAUAUAUAAUUAAUUUUUUAAUAUAUUCUUUAAAUAAUUUAAAUAUAUAAUUUAUAUUUUAAAUUAUAUAAUUCAUCGGCGACGCUUUGACGGAUCAAGAAUUCGACCAGUACAUUUCUGGUAGAGGCGACACGAAUCUCCCCACUCUUGAUAGUUUAUUCGAGGAUAUUGAUGAAGCAGGACUGGACAAUCUGGACGGGGACGAGGAGCCUACACCGUACAACAACAACGUCGACGAGGAGGCAGGUGAGCCCGAGACCUCUCAAGGUCCGGGCAAAGGUAAAAAAAAAAUAAAAUCAGAUUUAUUUGUUUAUCAUUUUGAAAAAGAUACAAAAAAUGACAUAGUUUAUGGAACUUGUAAUUAUUGUGGCACCGUCAUUAAAAUGGGAGUUUCCGGCGGUUAUGGUGGUCUGCAAAAACACCUAUGGUCGAGGCAUCCCGUGGAGUACGCCAAAUACGCGGCGAAAAAGAAGGGACGAUAAGAAGUGCAAACCCAAAUUUCUCGGUUUGCUAACAGGGGUAAGAGCGGCCUUUUUGCUUAUAGCGAUGAGAAAAUAAGCAAAAAAUGGUCAAAAUGAUUUGUGAAGAAAAUUUGCCAUACAUGGACUAGAAGCUAUGGGGGGUUUGACGAAUAUUAAAGAAGGAAUUAGAAAAUUUUGGGGUAGUCGUCUUAUUUCGAGGUCCUGGAAGAUAUUCUGUAAGUCUAAGGGUAAAAGAGAACUAACAUUUGCCAAAGAUAUCAACAUUAGAUGGAAUAGUACUUACAAGUUCAUAGCACAGAUUCUUAGCUACAAACAGGAACUUGCUGAAUUUUUUAGGGAUGAACUUCGUAUAAUCAUUUCACCUAUUGAAUUUGUUAUUGUUGAAAAUUGAAUUCCGUAUUAGAAGUUUUUAAUAACGCAACUCUUACUUUUUUGCAUGUUUACCAACCAACUACAAAUACAUUUUUUAAAGAGUGUGUUACAAUCGCAAAUGUUUUCGUGAAAGUUUGGCUGAUGAAGAAUUGUACCCUUAUGUCUCUCCUAUGAAAGAUAAAUGGUGUGCUUAUUAUUUGUACAUUUCUGAUAUUUAUAAAAUAGGUAUUAUUUGUGAUCCACGCUUUAAGAUUGAAAAUUUUAAAAUUCUAAUUGACUAUUACUACAGUUGUUUUUUAGAUGAAAAUAGUUAUUACUACAGUCAUUUAAUAGAAUGGAAAAAAGAAAGAGAUAAUGAUAUAACUCUUUUUGAGGAUUUGUUUAAGGAAUAUCAAGGAUUAUACGGUAGUGUACUAGAAGAAACAGCACCUCCUCCGCUCCCCAAAUCAAAAAAAGGUUUUAAAGGAAUAGUCGGUGGGCUUCUUGCAAAGAAAGAGAAGCGUGCUCAGCCUUCGACGAGUUCAAGUGGUACAACAAUAAGCUCGCACAACGAACUUGCUAUGUACCAAGGGGUGCCAUGCGAUUACGACGACGACGACGUGGAGUUUGACGUCCUCGGAUGGUGGAAGUAGAACGAACAAAUCUUCCCAUGUCUCGGAAUGCUAGCAAGACAAGUGUUGUCCAUCCCGGUAUCAACCGUAGCAGUGGAACGAGAAUUCAGUGCUGGCGGCAACAUUCUAGCAGUGGAACGAAAAUUCAGUGUUUGCAACCAAGAUUGGCUCUUGGCAAGACGUCGAGCUCAAGAGUCAAGGUACGAAUUCAAUUCGGAGCAUUACAUGAAUGCAACCACAGAUGGAAGUCCGAGUUCUGAGGAAUAAGUUAUAAACUUUUUUUUAUGUUAAUGUAGAUAUGUAAUAAUGUAAAUAUGUAAUUAGUUUUUUAGGUGAGCGAUAUAUAAGCUCCUUUGAGUGUUUCUUUACGGUUCUUUACCUCGUCGCUUUUUUUGAACUGUCAGGAAUCAGGAUAUUAAAUGUAGUUGUUCUUC